AUAUUGUAUGUUCCAUAUUACACAAACAGUUACCGGUAGUCAUUUUCACCACAUAUGUACAAAUUCCUUGACUUAGGGGCUCCCAUGUCUUCCAACACAUGACGCAGUCAAAGUGUUCCAGCAAGUUCGGUCAAAGGCCAGUGUCUCUAGUUCAGAUUUACUGUUACAAAUUCCUUGGGGAUAUAUUUUCCUAAAAUACCAGCUAACCAAGCUGAAAGGAACAGAAACCACACUUCUUGUAAGUCUAGCAAUCAUGUGGUUUGGAAACAUUGUGGGGUGCUACCAUGUCAAUUACAGGCCUUGUGAACUUCAGUUGACCUUACGCCAAUGUCACUUCCACCUUGGUAUGUGCAUCGAGGUAUUUACAACAUGUGUUGGCACAUCCUAACUCUUGGGCAGCUGCAAACCCACUCAGAUGAGCUGCCAACUUGUUUGCAUGCAAGCUCUGAGUACACAUAUCUCGACCACAGACUUGAGUCACAACCAAAUAUUUUGGGCAGUUUCAAGUACAGGGCUACCCCUCCAUACUACCACAUCUCUGUCAAGAAGGAAACUAGAGACUCACAGAAAAUGUGUUCCCAUGCCAAUGUACAUGUACCUCCAAAAGAAACCUCCUCUUCAUCAGACUACUGACACUACCUGAAAUUUGAGUUGUAAAAUCUAAAUAGGUUCGGUCACCAUAUGGUUUCAUUUGCCUGCCAUGUGUAAUACUAGUACCCUUACCAUAGUCCACAUUGUACCAUGGACUCUCCUGGCCUACUUCUACCAAAUUCUACUAUCUAUAAGAAUAAAUGUCCCUUAGGAAGGCCUGUUCCCGGCUGUUGGAGGCUAGAAGUAGAAGAAAUCCAGGUCCAUGCAGUAAUGUCUGCCCCUCCCCACUUAAUUAUCAUUACUGUCACCCUGUGGUGCCUCAGUCUGAUAAGAUCAGAUCUGCCUAGCUAUGGAGAUGAACAGGAUGGAUGCUACUCUUUUUUAAAUGCCAGAGAAUAAGCAGAUUCUUUGCUGAGACAAAUUGUUGCUAUUUCGUUAUAUUAGGUCAGACUGUAGCAUAUAUCAUUAUGAUAGCAGUAAUAAAACUCAAGAUCGGUCCCAAGGCUGUAGUUUUUCAUUGUGAGUAGUGUUCUUAUACGAUUUUCUUGAGAAUUUGGGGCAGACAAAUCAAAUUCUAUGAAGGUCUGGUAUCAUCCACAAGGCACUGUAGUAAGCAGACACACCUCUAUAUAACUGUAACAUUAUUUACAGGUUGAACAUCAUGUUGUGAAUUUUCCAUAUUCUCCCAUGCAAUACUCCCCAGGACAAUUACCUUAUCUCCAAUGCAAACACAAGGAUUAAGAGAUCUGUGCCAUUGCAAAUAAUCUGCAGAUAAUUGCCAUGAGGAAUCCACAGAGAGAUAGGUUUGUUUUAGGGGACAGCUGCAUAUAAAUGACCUGUCAACACCCUUGCAGAGGUGAUCUAUGGCAAUAUUCAAGCAGAUGUGAGGAUCUAGCUCAUUUUCAGUGUUUUGUGCCUGCUCUUGCAAUGUUGUAUGAGAAGGUGAGACUUUAAAAAAUACAAUACCACGAAAGAGUGCUAAAUCUUUUUAAAAGGGCAUGAAACACAAAGGCAAAUGAUCCAGUUUCCUCAUACAUCAUACAUCAGGACUGGUGCUUGGGGCUAAGAUUUACAUCAGUGUCUAGGGCUUGGUUUGUCAGGCCACUCUGACCCGGGAAAAGGGCAAGAAUCCAGUAGGGCUGUAAAGGAGUCAGUAGAAGACAUGGAUCAGACAUAUACAUGGAGAAAACUUUCUUAAAAACUCUGAUAAAAUAUAGAUGAUAAAGGUAAAAUGCAGAACAGCAUAAGAUACAAGUAGAAUCUUUCAUUGUAUCAACGUCAACAGAACUGGACAGACACAGAGACCCUCCUAUGAUCCUAAUCCUGACCUAACCUGUCCUUGCUUUGGUGGAUCUAGUUACUUCUUCCAGCUUUUGCAAAUCUUUCAUCUGAGAUGAUUCAGUAUGUUAAGUGGGCUUUGACUCAUCUAGAUGAGUGUGUAAUUCCACUUUCUCCAGAUUUCCGUUAUGUUUCCUGGACUCGACUUAAAAUUGCCUCUCGAGCUGUUGUGGAAACCUUGGAAGUGCUUUUAGUCCCAAACAUCUCAAGGGCAAAGGCCACAUACCUAACUGUAGUAACUCCAGACCUAUCAAUGUAAUCUGGGCAGGCUCUAUAGUCAGGGCUUGUGGAUAAGUCUUCCACUCAUAUUACAACAUUUUAUUCACGACAUAAAGAUUGGAACAGGAGGCAUAACUCGCACUGUUGCUCUACGAUCCUGUGCGGGAAGAGUACAUGCGGACUGACAGGCCGUCACAUAGCCUGCAUUCUUUACCCAGGGUGUUACAACUUUGUACAAAUAGUUCAGGGAGAGGGGUCUGCCCUGCAGCUGUGAUUGGUGCAGGGCCUCAGCCUGAUGGCUAUCUACCUCCAGCUCUCCCCACAGAAAUGUCAAACACACCUGAUGGCUGCCAUAUGUUAAAACCAAAACAACUUCUCCUGCAUCGCAAGUAAGUUUGGCAAAAAGGAUUACGGAACAUUUCCUUUGGACCCUGUAAAUGCACCGUCCAGGUGUGAAUGUGUGUCCUUGCUGAUAGAGAAGGACCCAUCCUUUGGGUCAGCCCUCCCCCUAUAUACUGUAAUGUUAUACCCCAGCGGUGGCCAGGGGACACCCAAAACAGCACAUGUUUUGUGCCUGUCACUCUGCUAGCUCCUUAGAAGUCCUUCCCUACAUCUUGUGAUGUUAACCUGACUUGGAGGCAUCUUAACAGAGAUUGUUCCUCCAGCUGGCCCGUCAGCUCCUUGUUGGUCAUCAGUGUCAGGAGACGUGUCUGGGUGCCGGUUCAAUAAAAUUACGGUGAGGAUGGGCAGGAGGGAAGCUGGACAGCCCUCGUGCAUGCUGUGGGCGCAUACAACAACUCUGCACAGGAAUUUUGAGUGGGAUUUAACCAUGCUGGCCUGGAUAUAUCUUGUUGUUGCUGCCGGGGGUGUAGUACUGGCUGGUGGGACAUUGGCUUGCCCCUUGGAAUGUCAGUGUAAUGGUCCGACUGUAGCCUGCAGUAAUGCCAGUCUUACUACCAUUCCCAGUGGAAUACCUGCUACUGUAACCACCCUGGACCUCAGCUACAGUAGGAUCACUCUGAACACCAGUGGCAUCUUCAGCAACUUUACUGGCUUAAUAGAACUGAAACUUGGAUGGAACAGUAUCUCUACCAUAGACAGUGGGAGCUUUCAAGGGCUAACCAACCUUAGAUCACUACUCCUACAGGGCAACAUGUUACAAACACUCUCUCAAGACGUUUUUGUAGACCUGAGGUCCUUGAAAGUACUUGAUCUUUCACAGAACGACAUCAAAGAUGCAACAUCAGGGCAGUUUGCCCAGCUCUCAGAGCUGACCUCCUUGAACCUGACAGGUAACAGAUUACAGACUUUGCCUGCUGAUAUACUCCAACCGUUGCCAAACCUGACCUUUCUUUCACUUUCCGGCAACCCUUGGAGCUGUGAUUGUAAUUCGCAAUGGGUCAUUACAUGGAUUAAUCAGCAAGAUGCAAAUUCAAGUUUGCAAUUCGACUCUCCAAGUUGUGAUGAACCAGCUGGAUUGCAGGGAACUCUCUUGUCUUCACUGGAGUCCCACAACUUGACCUGCAUUCCGCCUACAAUAUACAACACCAGUGACCUGCACAUCAACACAUCCAUGUACAGCACUGUUAAUCUGCCAUGUCAGGCCAGAGGGCUGCCACUACCGACAAUAUACUGGAGACUCUCGGAUGGGAGAACAGUUCCCGUUCCCCACACGUGGACAGAUGGAGACACGCGGUUCAAUAUUGGCAGGGACGGAAGCCUGCGGAUUGUUAACAUAACCACGAACAUUGGGGGCCAUUUUGUUUGUGGUGCAAACAAUUCUGUUGGCAGUGACCAGGUCACAUACAGGGUAAAUGUCAUUGUUCCAACAACAACAACAGCAGUAACAACGACAUCGAUGCCAACGGUCAGACCAACAAACUCCACUCCUGUGCCACAGAACACGACACAGGAGCCUCCAACAACUCCAAAGCAAACGACACAGAAAGUACUAACCACACCAGCUGCAGUAACACCAACACAAUCACCACCUUCAACAACCAAACCUGUCCUUAAAACAACCACAGGGAUUCCAACAACAAGUACAACAACAAAAUCGAACCCCUUAGCAAACAUUCCAUGGGACCAGUUCAGAAGAGACCAGUUAGGAGCAGGGUUGGGGAUACCCCUCAUACUGCUAGCCAUAGGUGGUGGUGUAGCAGCCUGGUACUUCAUGAAGAAGAAGAGGAGAAAAGAUGCUGCUAGGAAAGCCGAGGCCCAAGAUGGGGGUUACAUCGUAGCCAACCCCAUGGCCUUACAGAUGGACAAGGUUGAGCCCAAUGGGAACACAGCCAACGGGAACAACGUGCCAGAAAUCCCUGUCGAUGCAACAGUCAUAGAAAAUCCAUCAAUAAUAGAGACUCCCAAUGGAACUCUGGUGUUUAUUCCGGAGGAAAACAAAUCAUACAGAGAGUCAAAACUUAUUUAGUCACUGGCAAUGCCAGGACAAUCUAAAGAUGUAAAUAAAUAUGUACAAAUGUACAGAAUCUGAUGUGAAUCAGAUUGAGCUACUGUGCUGUCUUAGAAUCAGGAUACUAGUACUGUAGUUCAGUCUACUGAUGUACAAAGUUAAGCCAGCUUAUGUAUAUAGCUCAUACACUAUGUAUAGUCUACAAGCAAAAAAUACUUGACAAACUUAAUAAGAUAUUCAUAGCAGUCCAUGCACAUAUCAAGCAGGAGCCAGUAUUUUGUAUUCUAGUCAUACAAAAGGUAGCUUGAUCCUUGUUAGUCAAUACCAAUCCUGUCAAAUAUCUCAUCUGUCCUAUGCUCAGUUCAUCUUCAAACAGAUGUAAGGAUCCGUCUCCAGAAUAAGUCAUCCAUACAUAUGCAUCUGCUUGAAGAUGAAGUUAAAGUGUUUUCAAGUAAUACUGCUUUUACUAUCAAUAAAUUUUAAGCAAGAUUGAAAUCAAUAUCAUCUGUUAUCAAGUAAGAUACUGAUAUUUGUAUAGUUUAAGCAGAAGGAAAUUAACCUAUUUGGAUUAUCACCAGUGAUAAAAUGCAGGCAGCAUAGUCAGGUAUACAGGGGACAGAAGUCUCAUAGAUUAUUGUUACCCUUCAUUACAUGUAGUCCAGGUUCCUGUGUAGGUGAUGCAGCAAACUUGGUAUUAAUGACACCUGUGGAGUGUUCUUAGAUACAUACAGUACAUUUUUUUAUUCCAGAUACAUCGUAUUACAUAUACGUUUUCUUCUUCUUGUAAAGAUAGGACAAGCAGUCAUCUGUUGAAUCUCUAAAAUUGAUUUAAGUCAAGUGUACAAUGUAAGUACCGUACUAUCUAGCCUUUUUUUUUCAGUUGCCAAAACUGAUGCAUAUCAUUACUCAUAUCAGAAGAGGAAACAGGGUGCAAAUUAAGGUGUCAUGGAAAUGUCAAAUAAAGUUGCAUGAGGCAUUGAUUACAGAUAUGUUAACCUCCACAGAGGUUUUGUAU